AUGACCGACUUUCCUUUGAGAUCAAUCCUCCACAGCCCUGAUGCUUCUCAGCGACUCAUGAAGUGGGCUAUAGAGCUAAGCCAAUACGACCUCCUCUACCGGCCGAAGACUGCAAUAAAAGCUCAAGCCUUAGCAGACUUUGUUGCAGAAUUCACACCAUCAGCCAAAGAAGAGAAGCUGGUCAGCAAAAAGAAGGAAAGUUCGAGAGCAGACAAGACCUCCACUGACCCUGACCAACCCAGAGACAUGUGGCAGUUGCGCGUAGACGGAGCGUCGAACAAGAAAGGAGCUGGAGCAGGCAUCGUCAUCAUCACCCCGGAUGGAACCCUACUAGAGCAAGCUAUCACGCUUGGCUUCCAAGCUUCAAACAACGAGGCAGAGUACAAGGCAUUGCUCGCUGGCUUGUGCUUGGCAAAGGAGCUAUCAAUCAAAAAGUUAGCCAUCUACUCAGAUUCCCAGCUGAUCACAAGUCAAGCCUUAGGAGAGUACAUGGUGAAGCACCCGAGGAUGAUCUUAUACCUUGAAAAAGUCCAAGAGUUGUUAAAGGCGUUUCCCACCUUCACCAUCCAGCAAGUGCCCCGAGCAGAGAACGUGCACGCAGAUGCACUGGCAAGCUUAGGAUCGGCGCUGGAUACCCAGUUCAGACGCUCCAUCCCGGUCGAGCACCUCAACCAGCCUAGCAUAGAAGAGGCAGAGCAGCCGGACCUGAUGCAGAUCGAUGAGGAUCCUAGCUGGCAAGACCCCAUCAUUGACUAUCUAGUGAAUGAAAACCUGCCCGAGUAUAAGUCCGAGGCCAGAAAAGUCAAGCAGAAGGCUGCAAGAUACUACAUGAAAAGCGACAUGCUUAUCCGCAGAUCAUACUCCGGGCCUCAUCUCACUUGCAUCAAGUACCCGCAAACGCUCGAGGUUCUCUGCAAGAUACACGACGGUGAAUGUGGAAAUCGCGCUGGGGGCAGAUCGCUUGCUCAGAAGGCUCUCAACAUUGGCUAUUUCUGA